CUUGGGCCGGGAACACCGGGAUCCUGGAUGGUGGCGCAGGCGCGCUGGCGGCCCGUGGAGGUCGCGGCGCCUGCGCAGUCACUCUUCCUCAGGUGGCAGCCAUGGCUGGACAAGAGGAUCCGGUGCAGCGGGAGAUCCACCAGGACUGGGCGAAUCGGGAGUACAUUGAGAUCAUCACCAGCAGCAUCAAGAAAAUCUCGGACUUUCUCAACUCUUUCGAUAUGUCUUGUCGUUCAAGACUCGCAACACUAAAUGAGAAAUUGACAGCCCUUGAACGGAGAAUAGAGUACAUUGAAGCGAGGGUGACAAAGGGUGAGACUCUCACCUAGAGCUGUGCCACGCUGCUGCUGGGAAGUCGCUGUACAGAACACUGGCCAUGUGGGAAAGGCCCAGCAGCCUUCUGCGCCUCCCCCUCCUUACAGAGCAACUGGGCUUUUUCUUGUUUUUCUUUUUUCCAAAGUGGCCUGUGGGCUCUGCCGUGUACACCUGGGAUGUGAUGUGGCAUGGGGAAGAAGUCCAGGGCACCUCUUGGAAACAGCAUUAGGCAUUUCCCCUUUUCAGUAACAUUGUUUGGAACUGCUUGUCAAAAUAUUUGAGGAGGCAAAGGCCGGGACUCUGUUAAGGUCCUCCCCCUCAGGCUCUUCCUCUCAGGCUUUCCCUACAGCUCCCAUGGCCUCUGCACUGACGUGUCAACAGUCCGUCUUCUCUCCGCCUGUGACAGGAGGUGGGGGCAGGCCUGGCUGAGACUCUCGUGCCCUGCAGUGUGGUUGCCAGAAAAUGUUGUUGCUUACCCACCAGUUUCCUGUUCUGGGAGGUCCAAGUCAGGCCCCCAGCUGGCUUAAAGGGACAUUUCAGUUUUCCUUCUGUCACUUGGGGUAUCUCGUGCUUCCCUAAUAAACUCGACUUUACCUGAC